AUUUUUAGGUACUUAAUUUGUUCAUUCAUUAUUCUUGACUUCUCCUAUUGUUCUUAUACACACAUGCCUUGUGGCCUUAAAAAAAAGAUUGUUCUAAAAAAAGGGCCUAUAUAUGUUUUUCAAUUAAUUAAAAGCAUCUCCUUUUUGGUGUCUAAAUAUUCUUAUUCUAAAGUUGAAACUCUUCCCUUCCCCACACUUUUUUACCUUUCUUUUCCAAGAAUCUAUGUAUUCAUUUCCUUAGCUUUUAACAAGUUAGCUUAAAAAGUGAGUGAAUCUAUUCUUGAUAUUUUUUACAUUAUCUUAGUUCUUGGUGCUAUCCACCUCAGAUUUCGAAUAUGUAUAGUACAAAACGAUAAUUGGCUGCUGCAUCAAUUCCAAUAUGUAUAGUACAAAACGAUGCUAGUGUUAUAAAGUACUAAUUAGGAUGAGAUUUGAUUAUCAUUAUUGUCAAAUUUGUCAUAAUAAUUAAUUAUUGUUCUGUUAUCUUAAGGUGAUAUAAUAAUCUGUAUCAUGCAUCCACUUUUUUUUUCCAAUUAUGAUUAACCCCAAAUGCACAUAGUAGUUACUUUGAGUAUUAUAUUCGUGACUACACACUGUAAAAUUCCUUAUUAUAGUAAUAUCAAUUGCUCCUCUUGGCCCGUGAUUUUUUCCUUUAUUCAGAAGAAUUUCCACAUAAAAUUCUUGGUGUCAUUAUUUUACCAUUUUAUUUCCAUUACUUUUACUAUAUAUAUUUUUGUGCUCGUCCGCGUUUUUCCAACAAUCAUAAGCCCUUUUUAAUGUACACCAUUCAUUGUGAUUGUCCCUUCAACUUGAAGCCUUUUUUUUUAGUAGUAAUAAGUAAAAUAAUUACACAUUUUGCUGAAUGAUAAAAGCAUGGAGCGUCUAUAUCAUAACAUUUGGUUCUUUGACUAAGAAGAUAUGAAAAAUAAGAUUUGUAUGAACGUAUGGUAAUUAUAAUUAGUUAUUUCCACACUCAAUGUAUGCUGCAAUUCACACUAAAUUUGAUUCAUUUACUCUAUUUAAAAAGUCCAUACAGUAAUAGAAAACCAAAUUUCAGUAAUACUAAAGUCUUCACAGCAUGGCUUUUACUACUGUUCUUAUUUUUUCACUUCUAUUUGUUUUUGUACCUACAACCCUUUCACAGACAUUCGGUAACUUACCUGCAGGGCCCACCGCGUCGUCGUGUGGGCCACUACUGCUGCGAUUGGCUCCCUGUGGACCGUUUGUGCAGGGCGGAUCGCCUUCACCGACCGAGCGGUGUUGCAGUAACCUCAGGCAACUCUAUAUCCAACAACCAGAUUGUCUUUGCCUGUUGCUCAAUCAAACUGGCAUCAGCACUCUUCCAAUAAACACCACUUUGGCACUUCAAUUGCCACUUCUUUGCAGUAUGCAUGUUGACAAUAAUACCUGUUCAGGUUCUGAAGGACUGGCUCCUAGGUCAUCAACACCUCAAGUUUCAUUCGGGACAAAUAACAAUUCAUCUGUUGCUGCUUCGCCAAUGGUAACAGUACCACCUCAGACGUCCAGCACUUUUGGAUUUGGCUUUCACAACAGCUCUGCAGCAAACAUCAACGCGAAGGAGAGCUUGAUGAUCAUCACAGUGCUAACUUCGUGGGGUGCAUUCUUCUGGCUCUAGCCGCCGUUUCCAUAUUGUUUGUUAACUCAUUAUUUUGACUACAACUCUAGCUCAGACAUGAUAUUUAGCAAGUAGAAUAUGCUUCAAUACAUGUUAUUGUUUUGUUAUUGUUCUAUUACAAACUAGUUGGUCCACACAUUUUAAAACUA